ACAUUCAUAUGGAGAUGUGGGACUAUAAAUAGGAGGGAUGAAGCCAGCAGAGAUCAGAUUCUCUCUACAGAGACCUCUACAGCACAGAGAUCCAGCUAUGGCACCUACAAUCAUUGCAGCAAUGACCAACUCUCAGGACCAUCUGACUCUGACCCACAAGCUCAGAAAACCUCUGGUGGAGAAGUUACGCAGAGAGCGAAUCAACAGCAGCAUUGAGCAGCUCAAGUCUCUCCUGGGUCCAGAGUUCGUCAAACAGCAGCCAGACUCCAAGCUGGAGAAAGCAGACAUCCUGGAGAUGACAGUUUGCUUCCUGACACAGCUGCAGCAGCAGAAUCAACAGCAAGGAAGACUGCUGAACCACUUCAACAAGCUGCAGUCUUCCUCUGAUAAGAACCUGAGAGAGGCUGACUUCUCUCCUCUGAGCUCCACAGUCCAGACCAGCAUCACCAAAGAGAAGAGUCCAGUCAACAGCGCCCUCUGGAGGCCAUGGUAGACUCAUACAGACUGGAGACCCUACCAGACAAACUGAGAUGACCAUGUUGGUCAAACAUUACUGGACUGAAUUAUUUGAGAUUUAAUUCACUUGUUCUUCUGUAUACAGAAGGCUGAUUUGUGUGUUUUUGUAUUUGUGCUAGAUGACAUUUCCUAAGGAAAUGACAGCAACAAUAUCUUUCAAGUGAAGAAAGAGCAUCUUGUCAUGCAUGUAGCAUGAACUAAAUCUGAUUGCAUCAGCAAUUGUUAUUAUUCCUUACUGUGCUACAUCUACAUUAGUAGUAUAUAAUGCUAUGGUAACAUUAGUUACCUUUUGAUUGGUAUUGAUCAUUUUGAUCAAAAUUUAUUAUUAUUCAUUUUUAUGGACAUAUUGUUAUAGAGGACUUUAUCUCUAUGAUU